CUGCAGUUGUGCACCUUGUUGUCUUUGUCUGGUGUCCCACUUCACCUCGAGGGUGCGCAACAAAACCAAAACCCCCUUCCAGUCCGCUUGAGCAGCUAAUACCCUACGAGGUACGAUGUACGGGGGUAUCUGCUGCAACUAAGUAUUGCCUCCAAGAUUGGCUUCCACCUCCAUCGUGGACCGAGUACCUUUCUGCAUGGGCUCCUGCCGGGCAGUUGCCGACGCCCAGUACAUGGACGGUACCCUCCAUCUCUCUUGCUGCUGCCACUCCUCUGAGCAAAAAAAUCUCGCCUUCUCAUUUGUUCACCUUCCUUGUCAAGGAAGCUCUGUCAAAGUUGACAGAGAGUACCACGUCCCUGAUGCGUCGCCAGUCUCCUCCUGCCUCGCUUCUUCUCGUCCUCCCCCCCUCUGGCUAUAUAUGCCGGCACUCCCUCCCCGAGCCUAGUCCCGGGGAUGUCUUCCCGCCGCGUCUUUGCUUUUUUGUUCUUGUCUUCUUCCAAGAGGCCAAUUGGUUCAUGCCAUGGCUUUGUUUCCUUGACGUUACCCCGUCUUGUGUGUAUACUAUCUUGGGCAUCCUCGUCGACGGCAACAACAACCUUGUUGUGCCAGCGGGACUCGCCUGUGCCGGUCGUUUUGUUUGAUUUCAGUCGCUGUUCCAGAACACGGGCAGGCUCCUACCGCCCGAGAGCAAAACCUUCAAGGCUGGAGAAAGCUCGAAUCUCUCCCCUACAACCCCUCGACGUUCAUGACACGGCCGUGCCGUUUCUCGGUCUCCACCACCCGCUCUCCUCCCGCUUCUCUCCCGACUGGGCUCCGCCCCGGCCUGGUUGCUGAAACCUCGACGUUCUAAAACGAAACAUUGCCCUACCACCCACCUCGAUCUCGCAGCUUGGCGAGACCUGUCACCAAACCUUCAAAACCAGACCGGACUUGGUCUGCCUAUAUAAAAGCAGCCAAGAAUCCCCCGUCUCCUGUCUGGAUCUCACUCGCUUCAACAAACCAGCAUGCCUGAGCUUAUGGAUCUCCUAAUUCCAAGGCUAGAUUUCCUCUGGUCUGUGAAGUUUUGGGCCAUUUUCCACACAAUCCUCUGGCUUCAUCGUUAUGUCCGCCUGAUUGUCCACUGCAUCAGCCACUGGACAUACAAAUCCAUAGUUCCGAACUGGGAGAAACCGAGAUACACAUCAAACGAUGUCACAGUUAUUAUCCCAACAAUUCACAACCGUCCGCAAGAGCUUCAGCCAUCCCUGGAAAGCAUCCUUGCCUGCAGGCCCGCCAAACUGAUUCUGGUCACCACCUACAAGAUACACAAUGCGCUGGAAGAGGCUGUUUCCGCCCUCCGUGGGGUGAACAGCACACACCCAACCGUCAUCGAGGUUCUGCACGUCGACAAGGCCAACAAGCGGCUACAGGUGUGCAGGGCGCUCGAGGGGGAUCAUGUUCAGACUCCCAUCACGGUUAUGGCUGAUGACGACGUAGAAUGGCCGUCGACUCUCAUGCCCUGGCUACUGGCGCCGUUCGAGGACGACAGGAUGGGUGGAGUUGGCACGUGCCAGAGAGUGAAGCGGGUGGGUGGUGACUUGACAACGCGCAUCUUCAAUUGGCUCGGCGCAGCCUACAUUGAGAGGAGGAAUUUUGAAAUCUCAGCGACCCACAAUAUUGACGGCGGGACUUCUUGCAUGUCGGGGCGCACUGGUGCCUACCGAACCGAGAUUCUUAAGAGCUACGACUUUUUGGGCGGGUUCAAGAAUGAAAAAUGGGGCAAAUACAUCCUGAAUGCGGACGACGAUAACUACGUGACACGAUGGCUUGUGGCCCAAAAGUGGAAGACCUGGAUCCAGUACGAAAACGAAUGUGAGAUUGAGACGACGCUCGAAAACGGCUUCAAGUUCUUGUAUCAGUGUUCCCGCUGGGCGAGAAGCAAUUGGAGGAGCAACUGGACCAGUCUUGUGCAUGAAAGACACGUGCUUACUCAGCAACUUUGGUGCACAUAUGCGCUUCAUAUCGCAACGUUUACUUCGCUUGCCUUUGUCGUCGAUCCCCUUCUGCUCUUCUCGUGCUGGUGGGCGACGGAGAACUGGGAGCUCAGGAGCCGCUAUAUCCUACUCGCUGCAGAAAUAAUAUUCAUGUUUUGCUUCACGAAAGUGGUAAAACUGGUUGGGCUGUUCCGCAGGAAUCCGAGUGACAUCAUGUUCCUGCCCGUGUCCAUUCUGUUCGGUUGGUUCCACGGGUUCAUCAAGCUGUAUGCGCUGUUUACGCUCAAGCAGACGUCGUGGGGCAGUCGUGAGGAUGGUGACGAGCACAACCAGUUCCGUCUCCAAGAGAAGCCGGUCCGCAGCCAGGCCAUGGCCAUGCCGGGCGGGCCAGAUCUUCUCGAGUCGGUGCGGCACACGGCCACCUCCCAAGCCCGCCGGGCUUCCUAUCUGGCGCAGAAGCACGAGUUUAGCGGAUGCAUGGUGGACGAAGUGUUGUAACAUUCACGGCGCAACACCGACGCUGGGGAAGGGGAAAGCAGCACGGGUGGUUGGGACGACCUCCAAAAACGAAGCCGUCUCGCCAGUGCAUUAAUAUCACGAUUCAUGUGGCCGAAUGGUUUGGGAUGCUACGAAUUUCAUUUUUUGGGUAUCAGGACGGUCGGGGGGUCAGGAAUAUAAGGGCAUGGGAUUGAGGUCAACAGGACUCCUUUAUCCCGGACGGGAUUGGUUUUUGGGUUUGGGGUUCUUCUCACCCCCCCUGUGGCUCGUUUUCUUCUCAAGAGGCUGUUCGAGGGCGCAUCACUUACGAUUCAUCACAACAACAAAAACGGGGGUUGGUCCGCGGCGACGAGGAAAAGUUUGAGAUUUGUUCUUUUUUUUUUCUCUUCUUUUUUUCAGGCUCAUGUUUUCACGAGUUUUUUUUUCUCGUCUUUUUUUUCUUUUUUCUCCGAUUUCAUCUCUCUUCAUUAUGGUGCCCAUUGUGGCUAGGACGGUUCAUGGUGGGAAACGGGUCUCCAGGGUCAAAAUCGUAAUGGUAUUUCAAAGGUCGCCGGCAUGGAACACACGCGGUUUGUGUUGGCAGGGAGCGAGGCUUCGGAAUGGGCACUCGCUCUUUAAUAGGCAGGGAACAGGUCUGGGGGCUUGGUUGGUAUAUGGGUCAAAGAGAAAACCUCUCACCCACUGGGACGCAAGAGGACAUACACAAGAGAAUUAGAAUGGUGUCCGUUAGAGAUAGAUAGACUGACGGAGACGAUUGCUCUGGUAUCCAAUGGCAAAAAAAGUUAUUGGCCUCUAUAUGUUUGUCGAUACUUCCUGUCUUUUUCAUAGCUCGCGCAAAGCUG